AUGAUUGGCUUGGGUCUGACGGCUGUCAAGCUGAAGGUGGCCGCGAACAACGGCGCCCGGGUGUGGAUCAACGGCGCCCUGCAGCAGGACUUCCUCAAGGCGGACAACGCCUUCAGCUACUGGACCAACACCACCGACGUGAAGCCCGGCGUGCUUGUGGCUGGCCAGAACAUCAUCGCCGUGUCCAACACCGCUGGCUCCCAAGACACUGGCUUUGAUUUGGACCUGGUGUACACGGCGUCAGCGCCCUUUGCGGCCAACAAAGUGGGAUGCAAGACGUUCUCCCUGUUCUCGCAUCUGGAGGCGGCCGCCCCCUUUGCCACCCGCGCCAGCAAGCCCACCUGGAAGUACUUUGGCGGCGGCAAGGCCAACCCCAAGGGCCCAUGGAACCAGGGCACUUUCGACGACUCAGCGUGGUCCCAGGGCGCGCCGCCGCUGGGCUUUGGCGCUGCAGCCGGCUUCAACUGGACGACGGCGCUGGCAGACAACUCGGCCGCAGUGACGAAGGGGCGCGCCGCGUACUUCUUCAGAUACAAGCUGUGCCUGAGCGCCGACGUGCUGGCCUCGAUCGGUACCCCUACGCUGACCGUGCUUUCGAACGACGGCGCCCAGAUCUUUGUGAACAAGGCCUCUGUCUUCAAUGAUUUCACGAAAGACCACGCCCCAACGUAUUGGAACACUGUCAAGUUGCUGACAAAGAAGAAGCUGCUUGUGGCCGGCACCAACAUCAUCGCGGCAAAGGUGUCCAACGCGGCGGGGUCCACCGACAGCGGUUUUGACCUGGACAUCACUUACCUCUCACACGCGCCCCUGGCCGCCUCGCCCUCGGUCUGUGCUUGA